UGGCUGAAAUAUUUAGCAAACGCGCGCUAAUGUUACAUCCUCAGAGUUACAUCUUUCAAAGCUUUCCAAGGUUUCUUUGUGUGAUUUGAGUGAUUUGUGAGAAAUUGUUCAUGUUUUUUAUUUAUAAGUGAUCACUCAUCAGCUAUCAACCAUUGAAUUACAGAUUAUAGAAAGAGGAAAGAGACUUUCGAAGCCUCCUAACCAUUGUGAAUUUGAGUGCAUACAGAGAAUUUUUACAGCCUGUGAGGUACUUUGCAAAGAACAACUUCAUUGUGAGUAUUGAUUAUUAACCAAUAAAAUGCCUGGAAUGUACUGUGCUGUUUAUGGCCUAUUCCAAAACUGCAGGUGCUGGUAUUAUUUUUCAUAGCUUUCCUGGUUUUGUUACCAUCAGACAAGAAUGGAUAACCAGAUGUAGCAGUAAAACAACGUUCAAUCCAGAUUCAAGUAGGAUGUGUUCUUGUUAUUUCACAAUAGGAGAUUAUGAAAGAGACUUGAAAAAUGAAUUAUUAGGUUCACCCUUGAAGAGGAUUUUGAAAAAAACUGCGAUUUCCACACUGGAACUGGCAGAAAUUCAAGAAAACUAUGAUGCAGGGCAGACACAAGACCAUUCAGAAAAAUUAUUGGAAGUAGUCUGAAAUGAUACUGGCCAAGAACAAAUACAUCAAGUCCAUUUAAGUCCAAUCAUCAUCAAAUGUGAACAGAAUUUCAUCAACUUUAUACUAUCUAGGUUAUAGACAAUUUGGGGAAAAGUACAAGAA